AUGGCUUUCAGCCGCGUCUGUAAACCGGACCCUCUUUCCCGGGGCGCCUUCAGGAAACCCGCGGUCAUGCUGUGCUCUCUCCUCACCUCCCUGUACCUCCUGCACUGCCUCGCCGACCGCUGCGGCACCGCUCCCUCCCCGUCCCCGGUGAAAGCCUCCGGACCGGUCGACGCGGAACUUGACGACCUGACGACGUCGCUGAGGACGAGAAAGCGGCUGCUGCAAAGAUGGACCGCCGCCGCGUCGGACGGCGCGGUGAGCGGCGGUCAUCACUACGCCGGCCGCGACCGGGCGGAGAGAGGCGGCGGCGUCCGUAACGCUCGGCUCUCCUACGGCGUUCAGGAGUUGGACGGCGGGGCGCCGGAGGAGUCCUUACUGCUGCCCGCCGCGGAUUUCGUACCGUCGAGGUUUGCGGGGGCAGGUAGACUGAGUCCGCUGGGAGAAGGAGCGAAGAAGCUGCCCCAGGCCAUCAUCAUCGGGGUGAAGAAGGGCGGGACACGGGCGCUGCUGGAGUUCCUCCGCGUGCACCCCGACAUCAGAGCCGUGGGAGCGGAGCCGCACUUCUUCGACCGUAACUACGACAACGGGCUUCAGUGGUACAGGGAGCUGAUGCCUAAGACCCUGGAGGGCCAGAUCACCAUGGAGAAGACCCCUAGCUACUUUGUGACCAGAGAGGCUCCAGCGAGGAUCGCCGCCAUGUCGCGGGACACCAAGCUGAUCGUGGUGGUGAGGGACCCCGUCACCAGGGCAAUCUCCGACUACACGCAGACGCUGUCCAAGAAGCCCGACAUUCCCUCUUUUGAGAGCCUGACCUUCAAAAACAGGACUACGGGGCUCAUCGACACCUCGUGGAGCGCCGUGCAGAUCGGCAUCUAUGCCAAACACCUGGACAACUGGCUGCAGUACUUCCCCAUGGACCAGAUCCUGUUUGUGAGCGGCGAGCGUCUGAUCAGCGACCCAGCGGGAGAGCUGGGCCGUGUGCAGGACUUCCUGGGGCUCAAGAGGAUCAUCACAGACAAACACUUUUACUUCAACCAGACCAAGGGCUUCCCGUGCCUCAAGAAGGCUGAGGGCAGCAGCAAGCCCCACUGCCUGGGCAAAACCAAAGGGAGGACGCAUCCCAACAUUGACCCUGAGGUGGUGCAGAGGCUACGGGACUUCUACCGGCCCUUCAACAUGAAGUUCUACCAGAUGACAGGCCGUAUAUUUGGCUGGGACGAUUGA